CGUGGUGAAAAAGCAAAGAACCUGGUGGUGAAUAAGAAAUCUGGUGAAAGUAAAAGAUUCAGUAGUGAAGAAAAUAAGAAACAUGGUGAAGAAGAGACAUAUAUUUUAUCAUUACCAAUUGUAAAAAGGAUGCAUUUCAAAUAUCAAAGCCGGCAAAAAUUAAACCAAGCAAUUCGUAGGGACCUUGUUGAUCUUAAACAUAAAGAAAGUACAAUCGACUUCAAAGGCUGGACAACAAUUACUGGCAUGAUGAAAUCAACAAAUCAUUUGGAUAAUAGACUUAAACUAACAGAAGAGG